CAGCCUACAAAUACAAUAACAGAAUCCAAUCUCUCUGCUUUGUUCCUUUUUUGGUACCAAAGCGCAGCAGCAGCACCACCACCUCAAGAGAUACCUUUGCCUUUAUUUUUUUCACUCUCUUUUUCUCUAUUUUCCUUUAUACCCCACACUUUUCCCUCUUCUUUUUUCCCUUAAUUAUCGUUGCACCAUUAAUACCUCGAUUCUCUUAAGCUCUCAUUAGCGCUCACACAAGAGAAAAGAAGAAGAAGAAGAAGAGAUCGACAAUGAAAGAGUUCAGCUACGGCGCGAUCGAGUCGGCGACGAACGGCUUCGCCCUCGAGAACUUGAUAGGGAAGGGCAGCCACGGCGUCGUCUACCGGGGACACCUCGACAACGGCACGCCGGUCGCCGUCAAGAAGCCGUCGCCGGCUUCUUCCGCCCACGGCGACGCCAAGAUCCGGAACGAGAUCGCCAUCCUCGCGUCCACGACAGACUGCCCCUGCAUCGUCAACCUCGUCGGCGCCGGCCGCGACUCCGCCGGCCAGUCUUUCCUCGUCAUGCAGCUCAUGCCGAACGGCUCGCUCCGCGACGCCCUCCGCUCGCACUCCGCCGCCCCUUCGUGGCCGCGGCGCGUGGAAAUCGCGCUCCGCGUCGCCCGCGCCGUCGCGUCGCUCCACGGCGCGUCGCCGCCGGUCGUCCACCGCGACGUCAAGUCGGAGAACGUCCUCUUCGACGCCGCGUGGGACGCCCGGCUGGCGGACUUCAGCCUGGCCGUCAGAGUCGGCGGCGGCGGCCGGACGGAGCCGAUUGGAUUGCCGCCGGCUGGGACGAUCGGAUACCUCGACCCGAGCUACACCGAGUCGAAGCUGCUGAGCCCGAAGAACGACGUGUUCAGCUUCGGAGUGCUGCUGCUGGAGCUCGUGAGCUCCCGGAAGGUGAUGGACGUGGACAGCGACACGUGCUCGAUCGUCGCGUGGGCGGUGCCGAUGAUACGGGCGAGGCGGUACGACGAGGUGGUCGCGAGAAUUCUGCGGGUGGCGGCGCGGUGCGCGGCGGAGAAGGCGGAGGAGAGGCCGGGGAUGGGGGAGGUGGUGAGGGAGUUGGAAGGGGUGGUUGAUGAGUGUGUUUCGUGGUGGUGGGCGAGGCAUGGCAUUAAUUGGUGCUCCAUAGUAAGGAAUUAUAGGGUUUGGAGGAGGAGGAGGAGGAGGAGAGUGGGGACGAGGAGGAUUGUGUGCAAGGAUCAUCUUGCAGGUGGUGGUGGUGGUGGUGGCGGUAAAUUUGAUUUGGAUUCGGAGUUUCGAAAAAAUCAUUCGUAGGAGGACGCUGCUCUACAUUCGAAGUACCUUAAAAUGAUCGAAGGUUUAGCUAAUCCAGACCUUUUCAAGUCAAUUAUUCGAUUAAGUUUAUGCGCUGAUUGGUGUUAUGUAACUAUAACUAUGAUUUCUAUCAAUUUGACAUCUGUUUUUUCUUUUUCUU